AUGCGUCCAUACUACUCUCUUGCCGACAACUCAUUCGCCAACCCACUCCCCGAUUCAUCCAUCGCCGAUCUUCCAAAUCGGAUGCCUCCCAAGAAGAAGAAGGCGGGCAAGUCCAGCAAGCAUGCGCCCGCAGACGCUCCACCGAGCACAGCCGCGGUCGAGUCGCAGGAGAUUCAGCAGGCCAGAGAGGCCUUUACCCGACAUGCCGAACAGGUCCGCCGGGUGUUGGCCGAAGAGAAGGAGAAUGAAAACGUGGUCCUGAGGGUUCAACAGGUUGACUGGGACUACCUCGGGCUGCUGAUCCACCUGCCCAAGAACGCAACGAUUUACCGCCUGCAGUGCGAGAUUGCAAGGCAUGCCCAUGACGGCGCCGUCCAUCCGGGCGACAUUAUCAUCUACCGUAUGGCCCCGGGGCGCUUGACUGGGACCGCCGAGGACGAGGCUUCUCGCUGUGGGAAGCAGGGCGACGAAACCGCCCACACAGUGAGCCCUUCACAGGCACAGACCCCUGGCUCGGCCCAGACCGGUGCUGCUUCGGCUGCUCCAGCGAGCGACGAUAGACCAGCGACCCAAGAUGGCAUCGCUGAACGAGGAGCGCCUCUGGCUGAGACCGAAAAGUCGGCCAUCAAGAGCCGCAGCAGCAAGCGGGAAAGCAUAGUCUGCAGCAACGUCUUCGCCCCGCUCGCGGACUACUUUCCCGAAAUCAAGCGCUUCAGGAUCCCCAAGGACGAGACUCCGAAAGCAUCCUCCCUGGCACUCGACCACGCCGGUACAGCGUCAUCGCCAUCACCACCGGCAGCGGUGCCAGGGACCGGCGAGGCCACAGAACCCGAUCCGGCCCCGCCUCCAACCGCCGUCGAAACAGCCCCUGCCGUCCUCAGACCAGGCAGCUCCAACACCGAGAAAACUACUAGCUCGACCCGAGAGACUGCGAAGAAUCAACCGGGCGCCGAUGCUGCCACUCCAUCAAUGCCGCGCAUGCUUCCCCGUCCCCAGAUCUACUUUGGUAGCGAGCGCUACGACUCAAUGUCGACCGGGCCGGGCUCCGCAAGCCGUCCCAACUCCCCCGGCGACAUUGAUCCAGGCCACUUCUCAAAGCUCGCUGGCAUACACGGCCCCGGCAAGAACCCAGCCAAGCACUCUCGAAGCGGUGAAUCUCCAACCCAUCGCUUGCCUUCCUCGGAGCCCGACCAACCCACCAGCAUCCCACCAUACGCCAUCAGCAUCUACUACGACAUCUUACCGUAUAUCCAGACAACAUCCGGGUCGAGUGUUCCUGUCGUCUCGUCUGUCCUUGCUACCUAUUCGGCUACAAGUCUGACGCACUCCUCGGCCGCUCUCUUGUCCUCCGCAGCGAUCCGGAUAGCAAGCUCGAGUAGUGGCGGCAGUAGUCAUCGGCCCAACACCGUCGCUCCCGUCAUCGCUGGGUUCGACCGGCACUCUGCUCUGCUCAUGCGGGACCCCACCGAAUUCAAAGUGGUCGUGCGGGGGCCCGUUGAGACGACGCUGACCAAGAAGUCAAAGGAAGAGCCCGCACCGCCUGGUGCCAUCACAGGCAUCCUCGGUGUGCUUCAAGCGAAGGGCAGGCUGAAGGGCCUGCAGGAGAAGCUGCAGCUUAAAAAGGCUGUCCGAAGUCGUCGACGAUCGGAGAACAGUGCAACCUGAGACUUGGGUCAACAUGGGGCAGUACAGCCGAUACCGCACAAUGCAGCAGUCGGUCUGCCAUAAGCACUUACCAGCCAACGCUGGUACCGGAAGGGGUCAAGAGUCCGGCGGUCUUU